CUGAGUGAUAUUUCUGCAGAAAGCCACGUCUUUCCACCGUGUAGGAGUGGACGCAAUAAUCAUACGACGCUGCUACUGACAGCGCGAGCGCAGUUCUAAUGGAAUGAAUGAAUUCGCUUCAGAACGGCAGCGUCCUCCAUUGCAUCAUUUCACAAAUCUCACCAGGAUAAAAUCAAUGACCGGACAAGACAAGACAUCCCAUAACAGGACGCGUCUAAAAAACCGACGGAACACAGCGGAGCCGUAGAUAGGGGCUUCUCUGGACCAAUAAGGUGGCAUGGCUGGCCUGUCGUUCUGUGGCAACAAUGUGACCAAGAAUGCCUACAGUGUGGAUACGGGGAUGUUGAACAAUGGCUGCUUCGUGGACGCCCUCAACCUGGUCCCUCACGUCUUCCUGCUCUUCAUCACCUUCCCUAUCCUCUUCAUUGGCUGGGGCAGUCAGAGCUCUAAGGUUCAGAUCCACCAUAACACCUGGCUCCACUUCCCUGGACACAACCUGCGCUGGAUCCUCACAUUCACUCUGCUGUUUGUCCACGUCUGUGAGAUCGCUGAGGGAAUCGUCUCCAACAAACAGAUGGACACCAAUCACCUCCACCUCUUUAUGCCAGCGUUUAUGGGUUUCAUAGCAGCCACUACAUCUGUGGUGUACUACCACAACAUAGAAACCUCCAACUUCCCCAAACUACUGCUGGCUCUGUUUAUCUACUGGGUUCUGGCGUUCAUCACCAAGUCCAUCAAGCUGUGGAAGUUUGCAGAGUACGGCGUUGGAGUGCUGCACCUGAGGUUCUGUAUCACAGCCCUGCUGGUCGUUCUGUACGGACUCCUCAUGGCUGUAGAGAUCAACGUCAUCAGGGUCAGGAGGUACGUGUUCUUCGCCAACCCCCAGAAGGUAAAGCCUCCAGAGGACCUUCAGGACCUGGGAGUGAGGUUCCUCCAGCCCUUCGUCAACCUCCUCUCCAAGGCCACAUACUGGUGGAUGAACCCCCUGAUUAUAGGAGCCCAUAAAAGACCCAUUGAGCUGAAGAAGAUUGGCAAACUCCCCAUCGCCAUGAGAGCCCUCACCAACUACCUGAAGCUCAAAGACGCCUACGAGGAUCAGAGGCAGAAUGCCGAGGACCCAGAGAAGGCUCCAUCCAUCUGGCGUUCUAUGUACCGGGCGUUUGGCCGACCCAUCCUCCUCAGCAGUACCUUCCGUUACCUGGCGGAUCUGCUGGGCUUCGCCGGGCCGCUCUGCAUCUAUGGAAUCGUCGAACAUCUCAACAAAAAGCCUGUCAAGGAAGGGAGUGUG